AUGUUUUCUGAAUCGGUGAGUUUUCAAUAAAAAACAAUUCUUGUAUCAAAUUUUUUUUUGAAAUCCCGUAAACCUUAAACUUUUUACAGUUAACAAUUGCACAAGAAUCAGAUAUAAUCGGCUCAAAAAGUGUUACAAAAGUGCAAAAUCUUCCAAGUGUCGGAAUCUGGAAUGAAACAAAUGUUCUUCUCAAAGACUAUAUCAAAUCGUAUUUUUCGAAGAAAAUCAAACUCCUCAAAUUCUUCCCAAAUCAAACUUUUCCAACAAGAAAACGUGUCACAAUUUUGACUCCCGAAAACAAUUUAUUGAUUUAUGAGACAAAUUGCACGGGAUAUGUUUUUGUGAUUGAAAAUGCCAAAAAAUUGGAGACUUCUUCGAGUAACAAAGCAUAUUCUGAAUGUAUUUUAUCAUUGAAAUUUGAAUUUGGAAUUGUUAGUUUGGUUUUGAUGAAUCAUCAAAUAUCAAUUUGGCGUAGAACUUUGCAUAAUAUUUUCGAAAAUCAACAAUUCGAUCAAAGUUUAUUAUCAGAGAUCAGUUUGUAUACUGCAAAAGACGAAUUGGAAGAAUAUGAAACUGAUACUGAAUUUGAUUAUACAGAUCAUAAUAUUAGUUUGAAAUCAGCUCAAGGAUAUACAAAUGUUCAAAUUCCUAAUAAAAAUACUAGUGAUGCAUUUAUUUUAACUCGAACAAAUUCAAAUAGAAGUUUGACAUAUUUGCCUUCGACUAUUAGAAGUGCGACUUCGGUUAACUCAAAAUUUGAGUUCAAUAGAACGUAAGUUUUUAUUUUUUUAUCUCAAAAUUCUAUCUAACAACAAAUUUCAAUUUAGAUUAACCGAUUCAAUUCGUCGUGGUCGAAAAUGUGUUUCCUCUUUGGCCAAAAAAUUUGAGGGAAAACUCAAAAAACAUCAGCAACAAGAAAACGAUGAUAUCGAAGAAGAAGAAGUUGUCGAAUUGAAAACUCCACCUAUUUUAUUUCCAACUCUUCCUGUUAGAAAAUUAGAAGAUGUUCAGAAGGAAGAUGUCAAAAUUACUCGAUUGGAUUAUACUCCGAGAAAAAAUAAACCAGAUUAUUAA